AUGGGGAAAAUCCCUCCUUCGUUCCGCUCCGCAAUCGGAAACCCUAACAUUCGAAACCCUUCUUCUCUCUUCCGUCCCCAACCACCUUCUUCUCCCUGCAAACCAUUCCCCUCCCAGAAGAAACAAUCCCGAAAGCCUAUUCCACAACAAAAACCUAUCUUCAAAUCCCCAAAUCUCGAAGACGCCAAGAAAACCUUCGACUCCAUUGCCAAUUCCUCCCAUGACCCUCGCUUCCCCAAUUCCCUCCUUCACUCCUACGCCAAAAUCGCCACCUCCACCACCGAUUCCAUCAAAUUCCUCCACCACAUCACCAAAACCCUCCCUUCCUUCUCCCCCGACCGUUCCACCUUCCACAUUCUCCUUUCCCACUCCUGCACCAAUCCCAAUUCCAAUUCCGCUCUCUCCCCAAUCCACCAAACCCUAAAUUCAAUGCUCGCCGCCGGCUUCAACCCGGAUGCAGCCACAGCCGACGUUGCGGUCCGCGCCUUGUGCUCCGCCGCCUGCCUUGACCACGCCGUUGAAUUGAUCAAAGAAUUCGCCUCCAAACACUGCCCCCCGGACACCUACACCUUCAAUUUCCUCGUUAAGCAUCUCUGCAAAGCUCGCGCAUUGUCCACUGUCUACGCCUUCAUCGACGAAAUGCGCGAAAAAUUCGGUGUAAAGCCUGAUCUUGUUACCUACACUAUCUUGAUUGACAAUGUGUGUAAUGGUAAGAACUUGAGAGAGGCAAUGAGGUUGGUGAGUGUGCUCCAUGAGGAAGGGUUCAAGCCUGAUUGCUUUGUGUAUAACACGAUUAUGAAAGGGUAUUGUGUGUUGAGUAGAGGGAGUGAGGCGAUUGAAGUUUAUAACAAAAUGAAGGAGGAAGGGGUGGAGCCUGAUCUUGUUACUUACAACACUUUGAUUUUUGGGUUGUCCAAGUCGGGGAGGGUGGUGGAGGCGAAGAAGCUGUUGCGUGUAAUGGCGGAGAAGGGGUAUUUUCCUGAUGAGGUGACUUAUACUACAUUGAUGAAUGGGAUGUGUAGGAAGGGGGACGCGCUGGGGGCGCUGGCGUUGUUGGGGGAGAUGGAGGCGAAGGGAUGCAGCCCGAAUGAGUGCACAUAUAACACUCUGCUGCACGGGUUGUGUAAGGCGAGGUUGUUGGAGAAGGCGGUUGACUUCUAUGGGGUGAUCAAGGAGGGUGGUUUGAAGCUUGAUACGGCUUCUUAUGGGACAUUUGUGAGGGCACUGUGUAGAGAUGGGAGAGUUGCCGAGGCUUAUGAGGUGUUUGAUUAUGCGGUUGAGGGCAAGAGCUUGACUGAUGUUGCUGCUUACUCGACGUUGGAGAGCACGCUUAAGUGGCUCAAGAAGGCCAAAGAACAAGGGCUUGCUGUUUGA